CCGAUAGAAUGGCUUUUCCUAUUACUUUCGUAUUCAAGAAAAAAAAUAAAGCAUGAACGAAAAAGAUUGCGGGAAAUUUUGUUAUUUAGGUUAGAAAUAUAUAAAACGAUAAUAUGGCUGCCCUAGAUUCAUUGACGAAAUUUAAUGGUAUUUUGGAUGAAUGGAUUACAAAUGAAUAUCGUAACAGACUUGACAACAAUGAAAUCAUUAACAUGCUUACGAAGUUAUCAGAUAUUAUUGAAAGAGAAACAGAAGAAUUUUACAAGAUGGACCCAGAUCCUUUUGAUGAUAGACAUCCAGGAAGAUCUAAUCCAACCUGUACUCUAGGUCAUUUAAUGAAAGCAUUAUUCAAGAAUGAUAAUUUUAUGAAUAAGCUGGUUAACUCUUACUUACUUGGCGGUCAUCAUAACUUAGAACUUCAGACAGCUGCCUGUCGUCUGCUUCUAGAUGUGCUGCCUGGAUUAGAAGUAGGAAUUGUCUUUGUAGAGACAGAAGGAAUAAUACGUCCCUUACUGGCAUGGGCAGAGAAAGCAGAAGAGCCACUUAGAUCAUAUGCCACAGGUCUGCUAGCAGGAGCUAUGGAAGUGCAAGAUGUGGCUGUAGACUAUAAAGAUGAAAAUCACCACCUGGUAUUAGUACUUUUAAAACGUUUACAUGAAUUGAAAUCACAGAUGGAAAAGGAGAACCAAGAAAAGAUGAAACAAAUAGAAAGACCAUUUGGCCAGUUUUCUGGUAAAUCUCGUGGAUCAACUUCUCCUGGUAGAUCAGGACUGGUACCCACGAGUAGCAGUGAACAAUUCUCUGCAAGAGUAAACAGUGUCCAGAUAUCACCAAAUAAAAGCACAGAGAAUGGUGUGGAAGGGGACAGUUCAUUACCAUGUGUUUCACCAACCAAAAGGAAUAUAGGCAGCAAUUCACCAAGGUCACAGGCUAUUUAUGACCUUGAUACAGAGAUUAGUGGUAGCAGUUGGACUAAUCAACAACCUUAUGUUAUAGGGACAUACUCCAUGAACCCAUUAACAUUAUCAAUGAAGCAGAGGCUUAUUUUACAGUAUCUCACACCACUAGCUGAAUACCAAGAGCUUCUGAGUACAGCUUUUGAAAAGAACUCAUUAGAUUUGAUAUUUUACUAUGUUGACUUGAAAAAGAAUACUGAUGGGAGAUUAGCACUAGAAGCAUUAAAGUAUUUAGCUACACUAUUGUGUCACAAGAAGUUUUCUGUGGAAUUCCUGCAAACCAAUGGAGUACAGAAGUUAUUAGACGUGUACAGACCAUCAAUUGCAGCCACUGGUGUAUCACUCUGUCUAUAUUACUUGUCUUAUUUUGAAGAUGCUAUGGAAAGGGUUUGUUUGUUUCCAGAACAUAUCUUGUCUAAAAUUGUUAAUUAUAUUCUGUGGCUGUUGGAAUGUUCACACAAUUCGAGCAGAAGUCAUGCAGCCAUGUUUUUAGGACAAGCCUUUACAUUCAGGGUUAUACUUGAUUUAUUUGAUAAGAAGGAUGGACUGAGAAGAUUGGUUAAUGUUAUAAGUACACUUGAGAUCAUGAAUGAAAAUGAUGAACAAGUCCACAACACAUUAAAUGAUGAUCAGAUUUACACAAUGAGACAGAUGGUCAGGCACACAACAUUUGCUAUGAAACGCUAUUUUGAAGCUCACUUGUCACUGAAAGCUGAUGAAAUACGUAGAUCACACUUGAGAAAUGAUGGAGGUUCUCCCGUGCAGGAGACACCAGCAUAUAAACCAAUAAAAGUAUCGGGUGAAGUAGUACAAGAUAAUAUAGAGUUAAUGAUGGAUCUGAUGCCUGUCAGACUUCACUGGGAUCCAGAGUUACUCUUCCAUAAACUAGGGGGCGUUGUUCUGCUAACCAAAUUGUUGGCAUUGAUACCUUCAUGGAGCAACUAUACUGGAAAGUCAGAGACAGUUAAGAAUACAUUAGAUAUUUUCACAGUGUGUACAGUUACACCAAGGACACAGUUAGCUUUACUGCAAAAUAUUACAGUUCCAGAAAAUUUGGUUUAUCCUGCCAUCAGCAUAUUUAUAAAUUUAGCUGAUGGUGAAACAUUAGCAGAACCAGAAGUACAGAAGUCAGCAUUGAAUGCUCUCAUAAAUUGUGUGUGUGGUCCUAUAGAAAGGUAUGGAGCUGGUGUAGGUCGAUACAUGAGUGUGGGGAGUAGGAAGAAGAUAAACUCAAAGAUGGGAGAAGAUAUUCUCAGUAAGAUGUGGAAUGGUAUCAGAAUUAACAAUGGCAUUAUGGUACUGCUGAAGUUGUUAUCUAUUAAAACACCAAUAACAGAUGCUGAUUCUAUCAGGGCAUUAGCCUGUAAGGCAUUACUGGGUCUUUCCAGAUCAGAAACAGUAAGACAGAUUAUCAGUAAACUACCUCUCUUUACUAAUGGACAGAUACAAUAUUUAAUGAAGGAACCAGUUUUGCAGGACAAACAACAAGAAUUUAUCAAGUUUUGUAGAUAUGCCAGUGACUUAAUGGAGAGGGUCUCAGGAAAACUAGCUAGUGCUAAUUUUGAUGCUUCACUUGAUGAAAUAAGAAGGGCUGACAUUGUUGCUCACACUAAGAUUAGAUAUUCAGAAAAAGAAUUGUUACAGCUAAUACAUGAUCAUCUACAGAAAAAUGGAUUAAUGGACACUGCUAGUAUGCUUCAAAAAGAAGGCAAUUUACCUCGAUGUACAACACCUCCUAUGAUUCAUCCUGCUAGCCCUCAACUCUACAUGAACCCUCAGGCCACACCUAGUAGAAUGCCAAGACAGUUCAACGCCAUGUCAUCGUCAUCUUCUCAUGCCAUAUCAAGUUUUAGUGCUCCAUCUCUGCCAUUAACCAGUGCCAGUAGCCAGUCAACAACUCCAUGCACACCUGGCCCAAUCAGAUUCACCAGACAAUCUCAGGGAUCUCCUACAAACACUCCAAAGAAUACUUAUUCUAAAUCUAGAUUUUUACGUGAACGAGAUAGUGUAUUUUCUUGUAGUCCAGCAAUGAGGAGUAAAAAUUUCACAUUAAAAUUACAAGGAAGUGAUCAUGAUAUGACAUUAGAUAAGAUAGUGACAGAGUAUCUAAGAAAACAACAUGCUCUGUGUCGGAACCCUGUAUCAACUUGCCCAUCCAUGUCUCUUUUUAAUCCACACAGAUGUCCAGAGCCAAGAGGAAGUAAAUUUGCAUCUAUAAACAUAACAUCUAGAUUAGCAAGUAGAGCUAUUUUACCACCACAUGGAGGACUUGAUGGGGCAUGUGCAAACAGAAAAUUUAUUUACAGCAGAUUUCGUCCUGUCAGAACAUACAAAGAUGCUGAUGAAAAUGGUUUCUCUUCUUGUGCAUUCUCAGUAGAUCAGCAGUAUUUACUUCUAGGUACACACUCAGGUGAUGUCAAAUGUCUCAAUGUAUAUACAGGGGAUGAAGUAGCCUCAAAUCAAUGUCAUUCCAACACAGUAACAAAUUUACAACCUUCCAAGGAUGGAAAUUUAUUAUUAACCUCAUUUGCCAUGUCCUGGACAGAUAUCAGCUCAGCCUCCUCCUUAUGGUCUAUAGGUGAUGGAACAUCACUCACAGAAAGGUAUGCUUUAAAUGGUCAUCAUGCAGAAUUCAGUAAAUUGGUUGAAGACAAGAUACUCACCACAGAAGGAGAAAAAUCUUAUAUAAUAGAUGUUCCAACGGGUGAUACAAUAGUAGAACUAUAUGAUGCAGAUAAAGUAAAUAGUUACCGAGACAACAGGGCAACAUUUCACCCUUCAGAUGACCUUGUAUUAAAUGAUGGUGUAUUAUGGGAUGUAAGAAGUGGCAAAUCGAUACACAAAUUUGACAAGUUCAAUCCUCAUAUAAGUGGAAGUUUUCAUCCAAUGGGAUUGGAAAUCAUCAUUAACUCAGAAAUUUGGGAUAUUAGAACAUUUCAUCUGUUACACACAGCACCAGCUCUAGAUCAGUGCCAAAUUAAAUUCAGCAAUGCUGGGGAUAUCAUAUAUGCCAUUCACAUUGAUGAGGAGAAUGAUAUGUAUGAGAACAGUAAAAGUCCUUACAGCUCAACUCUCAGGACGUUUGACUCUACAAAUUACAGUUCAAUAACUACAUUUGAAACAAAAGCUCAAAGUAUUUGUGACAUAUGUACAGAGAACAAAGAUUCUUGUAUAGCUAUGGUUGAGCAAAAUCAGCAGUUUGGUGAAACUUCCAUGGAUGAAUUUGUUUGUAAGUUGUAUGAGAUAGGAAAACUAAAGGAUUCUGAAGAUGAUCAGCAGGCCGAAGAAGAAGAAGAAAUGGAUAAUGAUGAUGAUGACGAUGAUGGAGGGAAUUUAGAUGAUGAUGAAUUAGAUUCAUUUGAUGAGAAUGAUGGUGAUGAAAUCGAUGAUGACAAUGAUGAUGAUAAUGAUGAUGACGAUGGCGAUGACAACGACGAUGAUGAUGACGAUGAUGCCAGUGAUAUAGAAUUUUCAGUAGCCGGUACAAGUGAAGAAGAUGACGGUGAUUUGGAUGAAGAUUUGUUAUUUCAGCUUUAUUAAUAGCAGAGGGAAUAUGAAUUGAUUGAAUUUUAUGGCAAAUACUACUCAUAUGUUGAUCCAUUUUCUUGCAAGUUAUAAAUUAUUAUUAUACCCUAACAGUCAUUCUUGUCAAUUAACGGAAAUCAGCAGACAUUCCAAUUUAAUCACCAAAACAAGGGUGCAUAUCUACAGAUCAAAAGAGGAAUGAAUGAUCACUUGAAAAUGAUAUUGAAUAUCUGAAAUAGCAAAUAUUUCAAUCCAAAUAAUUCAUCAUCUCAACCUAUGUUUUUAAGCUCCUGUCAUUAGGCAAUCGGGUCAUUAAGUGAUUCCCUUGACCUUCUUUCUGUCCUUUCUCCUGUCUCUCUGUUUGUCCUUCUGUCCAUCCCAAAAGUAUUUUUGCAUAUUAUAAGCAAACUUGAGUGGAGAAACUAGUGUCAUCAGAUACAUUCUUCUUUUAUUUAAAUAGCUCUUUCAUCACAAUCAAGUAGAUUGACAACUUGCAAGUAAAUAGGUAACACGAUGAGAUGUUAUUACUAUACAUAAUAGUUCAAACUGUUUGUUCAGGUGAAUAAAAAAGAAGACAUUCAGAGGCAAAUCUAGUCAUUUUAAAAAGUUAGAAGAUUUAUAAACCCAGGAUAAAAGGGGGGUGUUCCAACUCUUGCAACCUCCCCCUGACAUUUAUACAAAUAAGCUAAUUGUAUGAGGAUUGAAACUUGUAAUUUGGGUAUCUAUUAGAACCUGUAUUUUUGCUACUGGAACUGUAUAUAUCUGUUUUUAAAUGGUUAUUGAGUUUCAUUGUGAAUAGUAAGAAUCUUUGGGAAAUAGAGUAUAUAUUUUACUGAUAAAAUUUAAUGUAUAUUGUGAAAAAUUUAAAUUAUUGUUUUUAAAAUUUUAACAUUUGUUUUCUAUGAAAUACAACGUUGACCAUGAUAUGUAUUCAAUGGCUGUUCUUUCUUUUAACGUUUUCUUCCCUAUGUAUCAAGUGCUGGAUGUUUUAAAUUGUGUAUUUUUUUUCUGUUUCUAUCAUGUAAAUUUCACUCAGAUAAUUAUAUGUCAUCAUAAUGGUGCAAAUUUAAAAUUACCAUUUGCAAAAACUAAUUGAAUUUCUUUUCAUGUAUUUAAGGUGUUUCAUAACAGGAAAAACAUGUUGGUAUAUAUGUCAUUCUCAAUUCAAGAUGAACAUAAAUAAAUAAUGAUCUCAUUAUGUAGAUUUUACUACUGUAUUAAUGACUUCGUCCUUUGAUUCAACCAAGAAGGUUUGUAAUACCCAUAAAGUUGGACCAUACAUGAAGUCAGACAAUACAAUUUAUCACUGUAUUUCUGCCAUCACAUGCUGAAGCAUAUCCACAUAUAUGGUCAUAUUUAUAUAACAGCGCAAUUACUUUAAAGUUAUAUUUAAAGAAGUACAACUGUUGGUUAUUUUCAUAUCUGAAAAUGACAUAUUGAAUUCCUGUCCUUUUUUGUGACGUUGAAUGUUUAAUGGUGCUAUAAAGUGUGAUGGGGACUUGUGUUUUAUGGUUGAUAUGUAAUGGUAGUGGCCACUAUCUGUACAUAUGUCUGUUAUUUUACUAUUCUUAUUAACAAAGUAAAAUUGGGAAAUUGGUUUCAUAGAAGGGUCAUCAUCUUAUAGUAUAUGAAGCUCUUAUGUUAUUUACUGUAUGAAUGAUUUUUGGAGCUUUCAAAUAAAACUGAAACAUGGAUAAGCAAUUUCCUCCUUUACAACUAAUGUAAGUUAUAGACCUUCCCUUAUCAACUCUAAGGAAUUUGUAUGUGUACCAGUAGACUUUCAACGACUUUUGUUUACCUUUAUGGAUUUUUGUUGUUGAAUGUAACAAAUAUUUAUGGUAUUAAUAUGGUAUUAAUAUGUGAUCUCUGCUUAGGACAUCCAGUUUAUAUGUCCCUUUUUUAACCAAACCGAGGUUUUUCCCUACACAAUGUGUUCUCAUUGUAUAUCUUUUUGUAAUAAAUGCAUAGCAUAUCAUUACAAAAUUAAAAGAAUUUUCAUGUUGAA